GGGGCAGACCCAAUGGCUGAAGACACAGACGGAUGGACACCUCUGACCCUUGCGGCCUGUUACGGACACCCGCACAUUGUCCAACAGUUGGUGGAACACGGUGCCGACAUUUCGUCGCUCACCAGAGGCGGCUGGUCGCCGGUAAACCUGGCCUGUUGCCAUGGGAGGUUCGGUGUUGCGAAGCUCCUGUUGGACGGCUACGGGGCCUCGAUGGAGUGCGAAAGCGAGACUGGCUGGUCAGCGCUGCGAUCUGCCGCUGCUUAUGGUCACACGGAAAUACUCAACUACCUCCUUGGAAGGGGGGCCAAUAUCAAAGUCAGGAAUAACGUCGGCUGGACUUGUCUGCACUCGGCUGCUGACGAGGGACACACGAGCGCAGUUCAAGCCCUC